CUUGAAGGAACAGUGAGAUUUUGAGAAUUCAUACAGUUUUUCCAUUUCUGAGGACCACCAUGCUUCGAAACAUCCUCAUCGCCUUUUUACUCAUAGACUCGGGCUGUGCGAUGCACCUGGAAUACCUGAAAGUGGAAUCUGAUGAGGAGCCUCUCCAUGAGAGCUUGGCUGCUGAUCAGGCUGAGGACUUGCCUAUGCCUGGAGCAGCAUUCCCAGGUGUAUGCUGGGCAUGCAAGUGGGCCAUGGGGAAGCUGAAACAAAGCCUUAGAAGUGAUGCAACUGUGGGAAUGAUUAAGGAGAAACUGAGAGACGUCUGUAAUGGUAUUGGCUUCCUGAAGUAUAUAUGUAAGGGCAUCGUUAACAGAUACCUGGAUGUAUUGACUGAGGAGCUUUCAACUACAGAUAGUCCAAGAACCAUCUGCGCUAAUAUUGGCGUUUGCAGCUCCAAAACCCUGUUGGAAUUCAUCCAGGAUUUUCCAGAAGUCCAGCAGAAGUUCUGAAAGAACAGAUAACUCCGCUUUGAUGCCUGCAUGAAAAUACAUUAGUGAAAUAAAUAAAAUAAUAAUGCAUAAUGCUUACUGCGAUGGACUGGCGACCUGUCCAGGGUGUAUCCUGCCUU